CUUGUAUACGUCUCGAAUUUCUUAUAUUUCAAACUUUGUUUACUCUUACAUCGUUUUGUGAGACUGCACAAUUUGAUAGAUCCUGUUGUCAUAUUGCAUGCUUUGUGGACCACAAAUUGUGGUGUUAGUUGCGCAUAAGCUGUGAUAGUUGUACGUGUUUUAUUCAUAGCAAUACCGUGUAAUUACGAGAUCGAUCGAGCAACGAAUUGUGCGUGGUAGUUGAAAAGGCAAUAAAGUUCUCAAAUGGAUCGUUUACUGAGGUUAGGAGGAGGUAUGCCUGGGUUGAGUCAGGCACCUCCCCCUUCUGAUGCUCCUGUUGUGGAUACUGCAGAACAAGUAUACAUUUCGUCUUUGGCUUUACUUAAAAUGUUGAAGCAUGGACGUGCUGGAGUGCCAAUGGAAGUUAUGGGCUUAAUGUUGGGAGAAUUUGUUGAUGAUUACACUGUGAGAGUGAUAGAUGUAUUUGCUAUGCCUCAAACUGGAACAGGUGUGAGUGUAGAAGCAGUUGACCCAGUGUUUCAAGCAAAAAUGUUGGAUAUGCUUAAACAAACAGGCCGUCCUGAGAUGGUGGUUGGCUGGUAUCAUUCACAUCCUGGAUUUGGAUGUUGGCUUUCAGGUGUCGAUAUUAAUACUCAGCAGAGUUUUGAGGCAUUGUCUGAAAGGGCAGUUGCUGUUGUUGUGGAUCCAAUACAAAGUGUAAAAGGAAAAGUUGUAAUUGAUGCUUUUCGACUAAUUAAUCCAAAUAUGAUGGUCUUGGGACAGGAACCCAGGCAAACUACUUCAAAUUUGGGGCAUUUACAAAAGCCGUCUGUUCAGGCUUUAAUCCAUGGACUUAAUAGACAUUAUUACUCAAUAAGCAUUAAUUAUCGCAAAAAUGAACUGGAACAAAAAAUGCUUUUGAAUUUGCACAAGAAGUCCUGGAUGGAUGGUUUAAUGCUUGCCGAUUACACUGAACACUGCAAGUUGAAUGAAUCAACUGUGAAUGAUAUGUUGGAUCUAGCUCGCAAUUACAACAAGGCUCUCGAGGAUGAAGAAAAGAUGACUCCAGAACAACUUGCUAUAAAGAAUGUUGGCAAACAAGAUCCUAAGAGACAUUUGGAAGAGAAAGUUGAUGUUCUCAUGACAACCAACAUUGUACAGUGUUUGGGUGCAAUGUUGGACACUGUUGUGUUCAAGUGAAGUGGAUGAAUGAUUGCAAAUGACUCGGGUGGAAAUUGAGAACUUUAUUUAUUUUUUUGAACUAACCGAAAUUAUUUUUAUUUCAAAAUUUUAUUGUGCGAUGUGUAUCACUCUGUAUCCAGUGAAGCAGAGACCUAAUUGAAGUUACACUGGAUGAUUCUGUAACAUGUGCAAAUGUUCUAAUUUGCAAAGUUCUUUCAUUUUUUCUCUUCCAAUUCAUGAAUGAAUUUCAAUGUAAUAAAAGAGUUUUGUGUAUUGUUGUAAUUUAUUAGUAUAUGCAUGUAUAUGUUUAUCCCCCACCUUUGGUAUUCUCCGAUAGUAAAUAAUAAGUGAUUCUGUUGCCUGCUGGACAUCAAAAU